AAAAUAAUUUCUGACAAGAAAAUUACAAAACCAUUUCUCCACCACUAAAACCUGGCUUACCCAAAUUCAAUUUCUGAAAUACCAAUCCAAUUUCCCAUUCAUUAAGCAGUAUUAAUUUCGUCAAAUAUAUGCACAAUAUAAUCCUCCAAAAGAUAUAUACACACAAUAUACACCCGCCACUAGCAGCACCAAUCAGUUGAAUCGUCACCCCUCCCAACCACACCAUGGCUUUGAAGCUACUGGUUCCUCCUUCUUCCUUCCUCUUUCACCCCACAAGACUCUCCGUCUUCUUCACUUUGAAUCCCAGAGUACCAAGACCAACCUUAAGAACAAGCUCCUACACUCAUUGGAGAUCAAAACGAUCAAUGUUUACUAGAAACACGGCGGAAAGGUCAUCCGUGGGGGUGGAGGAGAAGAAUGUGUCAGAAACUGCUACAAGUGAGUGGGGUAAGGUGUCUGCAGUGCUGUUUGACAUGGAUGGUGUUCUCUGCAACAGCGAGGAGAUUUCCAGAACAGCAGCCGUGGACGUUUUUGCAGAAAUGGGAAUUGAAGUCACUGUUGAGGAUUUUGUGCCUUUCACGGGAACAGGUGAAGCAAAUUUUUUAGGAGGCGUUGCCUCCGUUAAAGGAGUAAAAGGAUUUGAUCCUGAAGCUGCAAAGAAGAGAUUCUUCGAGAUAUAUCUGAAUAAGUAUGCAAAGCCAAAUUCUGGAAUAGGAUUCCCUGGUGCCUUUGAACUUGUCACUCAGUGUAAAAGCAAAGGUCUAAAAGUUGCAGUUGCUUCAAGUGCUGAUCGUAUCAAGGUGGAUGCAAAUUUAGCUGCUGCUGGUUUACCUUUGUCAAUGUUUGACGCUAUUGUUUCAGCAGACGCUUUUGAGAACUUGAAACCUGCUCCUGAUAUUUUCUUAGCUGCUUCAAGGAUCUUAAAUGUACCCCCAAGUGAGUGUAUUGUUAUCGAGGAUGCCCUAGCUGGAGUGGAGGCUGCCAAAGCUGCAGAUAUGAGAUGUAUAGCCGUCACGACAUCAGUGUCAGAAGAGGCUCUUAAGAAUGCCGGUCCUUCACUCAUCAGAAAAGAGAUAGGAAGUGUUUCACUUGAUGAUAUUCUGAGUGGUGGCUCAGGUUUCGAUAAUGAGAAGAUACAGGAGUCUCAGUUUUUGGAUGCUUCUGUCAAUACUUCUACUGAAAUCCUCAAUGGAGGGGCAGAGGAUAGAAAAGCUACAGAGGAAACAACUCUUUCACUUGGGCGGUUGCAGGGUUCUCGGAGAGAGAUAUUGAGAUAUGGAAGUUUGGGUGUCGCUCUCUCUUGUCUUUACUUUGGCAUUCAAAACUGGAAGGCAAUGCAAUAUGCAUCCCCAAAAGCAAUAUGGAAUGUGUUAUUUGGGAUCAACAGUCCAUCUUUUGAACAAAGUAGAGUUGAAUCAAGGAAUGCAAGAGUCCAACAAUUUGUGGACUAUAUAUCUGACCUAGAGCAGAGGGGAACAGCUCCCACUGUGCCAGAAUUUCCAUCUAAACUUGACUGGCUGAAUACAGCUCCACUUCAGCUCCGGAGGGAUUUGAAAGGAAAAGUAGUUUUGCUUGAUUUCUGGACCUACUGUUGCAUAAAUUGUAUGCAUGUAUUGCCUGAUCUAGAGUAUCUGGAGAAGAAAUACAAUAAUAUGCCGUUCACUGUUGUGGGAGUACAUUCAGCGAAAUUUGACAAUGAAAAGGAUUUGGAAGCCAUCCGUAAUGCAGUGUUAAGAUAUGGCAUUACACACCCUGUUGUAUAUGGUGGAAAUAUGUACUUAUGGCGAGAGCUAUGUGUAAAUUCAUGGCCAACGUUUGCUAUUGGGCCCAACGGGAAGCUUCUUGCACAGCUAUCAGGUGAAGGCCGCCGAAAGGAUCUUGAUGACAUAGUGGAGGCAGCUCUUCUGUUUUAUGGGGAGAAGAAGCUUUUGGACAACACACCAAUUCCAAUCAGUCUGGAGAAAGAUAAUGAUCCUCGCUUGUUGACUUCUCCUUUGAAGUUCCCUGGCAAACUGGCAAUUGACAUCCUUAAUAACCGGCUGUUCAUUUCAGAUAGUAACCAUAACCGCAUUGUUGUUACUGAUCUAGAUGGGAAUUUUAUCGCCCAAAUUGGGAGCACUGGAGAGGAGGGUCUCCGUGAUGGUUCCUUUGGUGAUGCCACAUUCAAUCAUCCUCAGGGCCUGGCUUACAAUGCGAAAAAGAAUCUCCUCUAUGUUGCAGAUACUGAAAAUCAUGCUUUGAGGGAGAUUGAUUUUGUUGAUGAGACAGUCCGGACGCUUGCUGGAAAUGGAACAAAAGGCUCUGACUAUAAAGGUGGAGAGAAAGGAACCUCUCAGCUUCUCAACUCUCCAUGGGAUGUCUGCUAUGAACCUGUCAGUCAGAAAGUUUACAUUGCAAUGGCUGGCCAACAUCAGAUCUGGGAACACAACACUCUUGAUGGAGUUACAAGAGCUUUUAGUGGUGAUGGCUAUGAAAAGAACUUGAAUGGAUCAAACUCCACAAGCACAUCAUUUGCACAACCUUCUGGAAUUUCACUAAGUUCUGAUUUGACGGAGCUCUAUAUUGCUGAUAGUGAGAGUAGCUCCAUUCGGGCAGUUGAUCUUAAAACAGGAGGAUCAAGAUUGCUAGUUGGUGGUGACCCAAUUUUCCCCGAAAAUUUGUUUAAGUUUGGGGAUCACGAUGGUGUGGGAUCUGAAGUACUUCUUCAACAUCCACUGGGUGUCUUAUGUGCUAGAGAUGGCCAAGUUUAUAUAGCUGAUAGCUAUAAUCACAAGAUCAAGAAGCUAGAUCCAGCCAGUAAAAGAGUUAGUACUGUAGCAGGGACUGGGAAAGCUGGUUUUAAGGAUGGAACAGCUUUGACAGCUCAGCUUUCAGAGCCCGCAGGAAUUGUUGAUGCAGGAAAUGGAAGAUUCUUCAUUGCUGAUACAAACAACAACGUUAUCAGAUAUUUAGAUCUGAACAAGGAAGAAGUUGAACUUCUUACACUGGAGCUGAAAGGAGUUCAGCCUCCGACUCCAAUGUCCAGAUCUUUGAAACGUCUCAGGAGACGGUCAUCUGCUGACACACAGACCAUUGUUGUUAAUGGUGGUUCCUCCAGUGAGGGCAACAUGUCUAUCGAAAUAUCCUUACCUGAAACUUACCAUUUUUCCAAGGAGGCAACUAGCAAAUUCAGUGUCGAUGUAGAUCCUGAAAAUGCAGUAUUUAUUGAUCCCCUAGAUGGAAACCUAAGUCCGCAAGGAUCAGCAGUUCUUCAUUUUAGGAGAUCUUCACCCUCAGUUGCAGUAGGGAGAAUUAAUUGCAAGGUUUACUAUUGUAAAGAAGAUGAGGUCUGUUUGUACCAAUCACUUGUGUUUGAGGUAUCCUUCCAAGAGGAAAUUCGGGACUCUACACUUGGGGAAAUCAAACUUGCUUACUUGGUGAAGCCCAAAGCUUCUGCAGGGAGUUUACAGCUACCUGCUGCGCGCUGACAAUACUACCCUUCUAAAGCAUUUGUAAGAUCCCGCUCUAUGUACAUCUAUAGUUUUUUGUUCUUUAUUUUUAAAGAAAUUUAUAUAUACCAUGAAAGCAUUAUACUGAAUUUAUAUGAAUCAUAUCCUUCUUCUACCGACCCUCCCCCAGGGAGAAAAACAGAG